GCGGAGUUAAGAAACGGUUACACUACACAUUCUUUAACAGCUGUUUUUUGUCGAUCUUGGAAAUAAUUACGUAAAUUUCGGCAGCCAACCAUGUCGUUCUUACGCUCCAAGUACUACGACCAUCCCGAUGGUGAGGAUGCCUUCGGCAAGAUCGUGGCCACCAACAAAUACGCCGUCUCAGCCGGCCUGGCCUGGUCCAUGUUCGACGUGCUGACGCUCUCGAAGCCGCAGGGCUAUGUGCCCACGCUGGGCCGAUUCGCCUACAACACGGGUCCCCUGAUGGGCAUGGCCACGGCAUUCACGCUCACCACCCUGGCAGCCACAAACGCCCGCGGCAAGGACGAUAAAAUCAACUACUUCCUGGGCGGAGUAGCAGCUGGCGGCGUCUUCGGUGCCUGGAAACACAACCACGUUGCUGGUCUCUGUGCCGGCCUCUUCCUGGGCAUUGCUGGCGUCAUCAAGAAGAUGUCCGUGGAACAGGGCUGGGAGUUCUUCCCCGACACCCCCCUUAAGCAGUACGGAGGCCUAAACAUUGCCGAGAACGACUGGACUAUCAUGGCCGACCGUCCCAGGAACUGGACCACGGAGAAGAAGGCGUAAAGUCUAGUUUCCUAAUGGUUUUAAUGGUGAUUCGAUUAGAGAAGGAUUUGGCAGUGUCAGUUCGCCUUGCAACCGAAUAAAGCAAAGUGAGAAGUGAUAAUGUA